UAUUUUGACCCCAAAAUUGUAUACAAACAUAACUUUUAUAUAUAUAUAACUUUUAUUUUAUUUUAUUAUUAUUUUCCCUCCUUGAAUCCUCUUCACAGAAAAAAGCUCCAAUUGUUUCUCUGCAAAUCCGGCACUCUCUUUCUCUCUAAACUUUUCAAAUGACCUGCAUUUCUGCAAAUCUUUUACACCUUCUUUUGAAUCCAUUCACACUCCGCCUUUCUCUCUGUCUACCCCUUGCUUUCUCUGUCUAAAAUGGACGGUCCCUCCGAAGAUCUUUCUCACCCUUGUCAACAACAAAACAUCAUCGUCUCUAACGACGACGACCAGCGAGUCUACUUCGUCCCCUACGGGUGGUGGAAAGAGGCAGAGGACUCCACUGUGCUGCUUGAUUCACAUGAGAAGAGAGGGAUUUUGUACACGGCAACUCCGGCUUCGUCUUAUGCCAGGACAUUGAAGAUAAUUAACAACAUUUUUAACUCGGAUCUUCUGUUCAAUCUUAGGAGAGAGGAUGAUUCUUUGCAGAAUCAUGAGAAUGGUGAAGUUGGGACCUCUGGCCGGGACUACGCCUUGGUUUCUGGAGAAAUGUGGUUGCAGGCGCUCAAAUGGCACAGUGAUUCAAAAGUUGCAACAAAGGAUGGUAGAAGCUUUUCAGCUGGAGAAGUUGAUAUGGCGGAUGUCUAUCCUUUACAACUUAGGCUUUCUGUUCUGCAGGAAACAAAUUCACUGGGAGUGAAAAUAAGCAAAAAGGACAAUGCAGUCGAGCGUUUUAGAAGAGCCUGCAAGAUUUUCACUGUUGAAACUGAGCCAUUACGCAUUUGGGAUUUUUCUGGGCAGACAACUCUGUUUUUCUUACAUGACAAAAAUAAGUUCUCAAAAGAGACUCAAAGGCAGUCCGAGCAGGAGAUUCUCCUGGAGUUGCAAGUUUAUGGUUUGUCAGAUCCUACUAGAAGUAGAGAUGUGAAAAAAGAUGAGGUGACAGCGCAAUAUCCUAGUGGAGCUUCAUUUACGAUGAAUGGUAGCACUGGCAAUAUGAGUUCCAAUGUUGUUCGGAGUAAUACUCCAGCCUUUUUUGGAAGUUCUGGUGAAGCUGGUUCUUUGGGGUUGACAGGGUUGCAAAACCUUGGAAACACUUGUUUCAUGAACAGUGCUCUUCAGUGCUUAACACACACCCCAAAACUGGUGGACUACUUUAUUGGAGAUUACAACAGAGAAAUAAAUCAUGGGAACCCCUUGGGCAUGAAUGGUGAGAUUGCUUUAGCAUUUGGAGAUCUGUUGAGGAAGUUAUGGGCUCCUGGCGCAACUCCAGUAGCACCCACAAUAUUCAAAUCAAAGCUUGCUCGUUUUGCUCCUCAGUUCAGUGGUUUUAAUCAACAUGAUUCCCAAGAGCUCCUUGCUUUUUUAUUGGAUGGACUCCAUGAAGAUUUGAAUCGUGUAAAAUCCAAACCUUAUGUAGAAGCUAAGGAUGGAGAUGGUCGGCCAGAUGAAGAAGUAUCUGAUGAAUAUUGGCAGAAUCAUCUGGCUCGCAAUGACUCUAUUAUUGUUGAUGUGUGCCAAGGUCAGUAUAGGUCCACAUUAGUUUGUCCUGUUUGCAGAAAGGUCUCCAUCACAUUUGAUCCUUUCAUGUACCUAUCGUUACCUCUACCUUCAACAACAAUGCGAACAGUGACUGUGACAGUCGUCAGUACUGAUGGAAUUGCUCAGCCAUCUCCAUUUACUCUUACUGUGCCCAAGCAUGGAAAGUUUGAAGACCUUAUUCGGGCUUUAAGCACUGCAUGUACUUUAGGGGUUGAUGAGACCCUCUUGGUGGCAGAGAUAUACAACAAUCGCAUUAUACGGUAUCUAGGGGAACCAACUGAUUCGUUAACCUUGAUCCGAGAUAAUGACAAACUGGUGGCUUAUCGGUUACCAAAAGAUAAUGAGGUCCCCAUGGUUGUUUUUAUGCAUCAGCGGAUGGAAGAGCAUUAUAUCUCUGGGAAGCAGACAAGAAGCUGCAAGGCCUUUGGAAUUCCUCUUGUAGGAAGUUGUAAAUUUGUAAAUGGAUCUGAUAUUCAUUGUCUGUAUCUGAAAUUACUCAGACCAUUCCUAAUGUCCUGUGACGAUUCUGUAAAUGGUUAUGAUAACAUCGAGAGCAAUGCAACUGAAGAAAUGACAGCGAUGGUGGACGGCACAAGUCCCCUUUCAGGUUGCAGUGCAGACUCUGCUGAUAGGAAAGGGUUUGAUACACAUUCUAAUGCUGAAUUAGAGUUUUACUUAACGGAUGAGAAGGGGACAGUUAGGGACUCCAAGGUUGUUAUGAAUAAGCCAGUAACAUUCACAGCUCUGCAUAGGCGAUUGAGUGUCCUUGUGUGUUGGCCGGAUAAAAUGGUGGAACAGUACAAUACACAUCUUCUUAGCUCAUUACCGGAAAUUUUCAAGUCCAGCUCCUUUGCAAAAAGACCUCAAGAGUCUGUUUCUCUGUACAAAUGCCUUGAAGCAUUCCUGAAGGAGGAGCCUCUUGGACCAGAAGACAUGUGGUACUGCCCUAUCUGCAAGAAACAUUGUCAAGCGAGUAAAAAGUUAGAUCUUUGGAGACUGCCAGAGAUUCUGGUUAUUCAUUUAAAGAGGUUCUCAUACAGCCGGUUUUUGAAAAACAAGCUGGAGGCAUAUGUUGACUUCCCUAUCCAUGAUCUUGAUUUAUCGACAUACAUUGCCCACAAGAAUGGUCAAUCAUCUAAUCGUUAUAUGCUUUAUGCAGUUAGUAAUCACUAUGGUGGCAUGGGCGGCGGUCAUUAUACUGCAUUUGUCCAUCAUGGGGGUGAUUGUUGGUAUGACUUUGAUGACAGCCAUGUUUCUCCCAUCAGCGAGGACAAGAUAAAAACUUCAUCUGCUUAUGUUCUUUUCUAUAGAAGAGUUGCGGAAAGUUAACACGAGAUUACAAAUUUAUGAUUUUUAGGCUAGAUCACCUUUUUUUUUAUUUUUAUGUUAGCUUAGUCUUCUUACAGUAUAAUAUCAAAGGUAGCAUUCUUUGGUCUCUGGCAUUAUUUAGUUCCGAUUGGUUGAGUUUCCGGCAACGGCGGUAAAGGAAGAAAGGUUGUAAGGUUUAGCAUUGGCGCCAAGGGGGACACUGUAACAUAGUCACAACUGAAUAGCAUCUUCUAUAUCUGUAACCCUUUGUAAAGGAAAAUACAUUAUUAAUCCAUUUUUACUAAUAGACUGAAGGGGUUGUAUAUCCCACUCCAACAAUUUUAUUAUUAUUAUUUUUAAUUUUUUUUUUUUUCCUUCGUACCAUAGUGUAUUUUUAUGUUAUUGACUUUAUUUGGCAGGCCAUUUCUGCAAUUA